GGCACUUGGCUUAUUUGUGUCUAUCUAUAAAAGAUCAAAGUCAUGAUCAAAGUUUAAAUUAUAAUGUGAUGGAUGUUCGCCAUGUAGAAGUUGGAAGAAAGAAGCAUGAAGGAUUGAAACGUAGUAGAAAAAAUAAAAUAGAACAAAAAGUUGAUGGUAAAAAUAGGGACAAUGAUGAAGUGGUAAAAAGGGUGAAGGUAAACAGAAAGUUUGCAAAAGCAUCGAUUAGGCUCAGUUCAUCUUUGAAUUUAAUGAGCAUAAGAUACGUGAGAAGCAAAGGGCUUACCUGGAAAUAUUUGAAUAAAGAUGAUGAAGUUAUUGGAUGUGUUCCUGGUGUUGAAAUCGAUGUUGAUGGUGUUAAAGUAGUUCAAGAAUUUUAUGUUAAGCAUGAAUUAGCUUCUGAUGUCAUUCUUGGAAUGCCGUGGAAAGCAACAUUCGUGAUCUCUGAUGAAAGCAUAGAUGAAUAUAUGAAUAAAGGUAGUAUAAUGAAGAAUGAUGAUCAAAAAGAAAACGAAUUUGUAGAUGUUAGGCGUAUUAAAGGUAAAUUGACGGAGAAUGAUGGUGCUGACAAAGAGAAAGAGAAAUGUAGUGAUGGAAAAGACAAUAAUGUUGUGAAUGUAAGGUGUGUAGUAAACGUAUUGAAGGAUAAUGAGGCUGAGUUUGAUUAUAAUGGGGGUGAAGCUGCAGAUGGCAGAACGAAUGAAUCUGGAAAAGAUUACCACGAAAGUAAAAUCGAAAAUGAAAAAGAUGAACAAAAGGUAUUUGUUCAAUGUCAAAGCCUCGGGAAAAUGAGUUGUGGUAAUGAAACACGUGAUCACAAGUGUGAUGAUAAGAAUAAACGAUGCAUUGGAUUAGAAGGAGCAUCUAUGAUUGAAGGUGCAUUGCGAAUCGACAAUAUGAAAAUUAAGGUGAUGAAUACCUUGAGAUUUGAAAGUAAUGAAAGUUUUGAUAAAGGUGGUAAUGAUCCAAAAAAGCUGGACACGUUGUGUGUUGGUGAAAACGAAAUUCAAAGGUUUAAUC